CUCAAAAACAUAGAAAACCAUAUGGUAGACCACGUGGUAAUGUUUACAAAAUCUAGAAAUUGAAAACGUAGUAGUUUGGGAAGUUUAUGUAUUUUGGAUAUAAAACCAUUUUACUUGCACCAAUAUGCGUAAAAAAGUAGAUAAUCGUAUUCGAGUACUGGUCGAAAAUGGAGUGGCCACGAAACACCGGACAAUGUUUUUUAUUGUCGGCGAUAAGUGUCGUAACCAAGUUGUUAUACUCCAUCACAUGUUAUCAAAAGCACAAGUUCGGGCUCGUCCUUCAGUAUUGUGGUGUUAUAAAAAAGAACUCGGGUUUAGCACGCACAGAAAGAAAAAAAUGAAACAAAUUCAAAAGAGAAUCUCAAGUGGGACCCUUGAUUUGAAAGAAAAUGAUCCGUUCGAGUUGUUUGUGGCUGCCACAAAUGUCCGAUACUGUUAUUACAAUGAAACUCACAAAAUAUUGGGCAGUACUUAUGGCAUGUGUGUUCUUCAGGAUUUUGAGGCAUUAACACCAAAUUUACUUGCGCGAACAAUAGAAACAGUUGAAGGUGGUGGUAUCAUCUGUUUCUUGCUUAGAUCCAUGACUUCAUUAAAACAGCUUUAUACAAUGACAAUGGAUGUUCACGCAAGGUAUCGUACAGAAUCUCAUAGUGAUGUGGUGGGAAGAUUCAAUGAAAGGUUUCUGUUGUCAGUGGCUUCGUGUAAUAACUGUCUUAUAAUUGAUGAUGAACUGAAUGUAUUGCCAGUGUCAACUAACUCACAAAACAUUGAAGCAGUCCCUCCAAAACCUGCAGAAGAUUCACUCACACCAUCAGAAAAAGAGCUGGUUGAUCUAAAAGAAUCACUACAAGACACGCAACCAGUUGGUUGCGUGAUAAAUUGCUGCAAAACAAUCGACCAAGGAAAGGCCCUUCUCAAAUUUGUUGAUGCUAUCUCAGAGAAAACCCUACGUAGCACUGUUGUGAUGACCGCCGCGAGAGGCAGAGGUAAAUCUGCCACGCUUGGACUUGCAAUUUCAGCCGCAGUUGCGUUUGGAUAUUCCAAUAUUUUUGUCACUUCUCCCAGUCCUGAGAAUCUUAAAACACUUUUUGAGUUCGUUUUUAAGGGAUUUGAUGCUUUAGAAUACCAAGAACAUUUGGAUUAUGAACUUAUUCAAUCAACAAAUCCGGACUUCAAUAAAGCUAUCGUUCGUGUUAAUGUGUUUCGUGAGCAUAGACAAACCAUUCAGUAUAUCCACCCGAGUGACUCAGCUAAACUCAGUCAAGCGGAACUGCUAGUCAUCGACGAGGCUGCAGCAAUUCCAUUACCACUUGUUCAGAGUCUUCUUGGUCCUUAUCUAGUUUUUAUGUCUUCUACAAUAAAUGGAUAUGAAGGCACUGGUCGUUCUCUUUCACUUAAACUAGUGAAACAACUUCGAAUUCAAAGUGCUACACGUAAUACUGCCACAACUAAACAGACUACUGCUUCACCACUUGGUCGUAACUUAAGCGAGAUAACCCUUGAGGAAUCGGUACGUUACGCCCCAACGGAUCCCAUCGAGUCAUGGUUGAAUGAGCUUCUCUGCCUCGACUGUGGCUCCUCGUCCUUUAGCAAAAUCUCCACUGGGUGUCCUCCUCCAAGUGCUUGUGAUUUGUAUUAUGUCAAUCGAGAUACAUUAUUCUGCUACCACAAAGCAUCUGAAGCAUUUCUACAACGUCUGAUGUCCCUUUAUGUUGCUUCACACUACAAGAACACACCUAAUGACCUUCAAAUGUUAUCUGAUGCCCCUGCUCAUCAUAUAUUUUGUCUCCUGCCACCAGUUUCUGCUGAACAGAAAUCUCUACCUGAUGUACUGUGUGUAUUACAGAUUUGCUUGGAGGGUGAAAUCAGCAAAUCUUCUGUUGUGUCGAGUUUAUCUCGUGGCAAACGUGCGGCUGGUGACCUUAUUCCUUGGACAGUGACUGAACAGUUUCAAGAUCAUGACUUUGCUUCACUAUCUGGUGCUCGUGUGGUAAGGAUAGCUACCCACCCUGAUUAUCAGGGCAUGGGGUAUGGUUCACGUGCAUUGGAACUACUGGAGAAAUAUUAUGAAGGGAAAAUGACAAGUCUUGAUGAGAAUGAGACGCCAGCAGAAGAAGUUAAUAUUGUGAAUGAAGAGGAAGUUGAAGCUAUGGAUGAGGUUCUUACACCAAGGAAGAGUCUUCCACCAUUGCUAUGGAAACUUAGUGAAAGAAGACCGGAACAGCUUAAUUACAUUGGAGUUUCUUAUGGUCUUACUGCCCCAUUACUUAAGUUUUGGAGCAAGGCUGGUUACACAUCUGUCUACCUGCGUCAAACUGCCAAUGAUUUAACUGGAGAACAUUCAUGUAUCAUGCUUAAAGCAUUGGACACUGAGGUGGACAAGAGUUGGCAGGAUGCUUACUUUGAUGAUUUCCGCCGUCGUUUCAUCUCCCUCCUCCACUUCCAAUUCUCUUCUUUCAAGUCUUCCACUGCUCUUCAAGUCCUUCGGCGAAAGAGCAAGAAAACUACAAAGAGCAACCCGCUCACAAAAUCAGAGCUAGAUUUCUUCCUGACCAGCUACGACACGAAGCGACUGACCUUAUACUCGCGAAACAUGGCAGACUACCAUCUGGUCAUGGACCUCCUGCCAACUUUAGCUCGUCUUGUUUUCCUUGAAAAAUUAGUCGUACCUCUGUCUGUUGCCCAAAAGGCCAUCAUUUUGGCCAUAGGCUUACAGCAUAAAUCAGUGGAGACAGUAGCUUCUGAGAUCGACCUUCCUUCAUCACAAGUUCUUGGACUUUUCAACAGGGCAGUUCGUAAAAUCACAACACAUUUAAGUGAAAUCGAAUCAGCAGCUGCAGAAAAGGAAUUAAAAUCAACUCUCGGCGACGAAAACGCUGCUGAUGCUGUUAACAUGCAACCACUAGAAGAAUCACUUGAUAGUGAACUGAACGCAGCUGCAUAUGAAGUCGUUCAGAAACAGAAAGAAGAAUUAAAGCAGACACUUGCAUCUAUGGACUUAAAACAAUACGAAAUUGGUGGUAGUGACGAAGCGUGGCAAGAUGCAUUGUCGUCGGGCAAGAAACAGAAUAUCGUCAGCGUAAAAAGCGCAAAACGUCCAUUGCCGACAUCUGAAGAGCCGGAUACAAAGGACAAAAAGAAGAAGCGUAAAUUUAAGAAAAAAGUGAAAUCUGCGUAACCGUCGAUUUUAAUUUUUUUAAAUUUCACCCGCCGUGUGGACAUUUUGAAAUCAGCAAUAAAACAACCAAAUAAAACACACAAUUUAGCGGCA